UGUGGGGAGAGGAGGUAAAAAUGGAGGAUUAAGCUAACCUUUGAGUUUCUGACCUGAAAUAGUAGGUAGGUAAUGGGACAUUUUGCUGAGGUUGGAAGUAUUUCGAAACUAUGGGAGGAACAGGAUUUGUGGUGUGUGUGUGUGUGUGUGUGUGUGUGUGUGUGUGUGUGUGUGUGUAUACAAAUCGAAGAAUUAUUCUUUUUUCAGAAAAUUUAUUUUAAGGUUGAAUGACUUAAUGAGACAUCCAAAAGGAACUCAGGAAUAGUCUGGAAUGGAGAUAAAACAAUAGUGAUGAACAUAUAUACUGGGAUCUCUCCACUUUGACACAACAUACUGACAUUUUGGGCAGGAUAUUCUUUGUGGUGGGGUGGGUUGUCCUGUGCAUUUUAAGUGUUUAGCUCCCCAGCCUCUACCCAUUAGAUGCCACUAGUAUCUCCUCCUACAGUUCUGACAGCUAAAAAUGUCUCCAGACCUUGCCAUAUGUCUGUUGGUGGACACAUUGCCCCGGUUUAGAACCGUGGAUAGAAAUGGUAGUAAAGGCUGUGGAUUGACUGAGACUACCCAAGGAAGAAUAUAGAGCAGAGGUCUAAAACUGGCCAGCGGGCUACGAGGAUUAUUGUAGAUAAGUUCUUUUUGACCUCACAGUACUUGACAGCUUCUGAAAUUAAUCACCAGUAUUUAAAAAUUGUGAGGUUUCAUGUCAAGUCUGGGUUUUUUCCCUCUCUUGAAAUCAAAACAUCAAGAAACUGAGGAACAGUGAAUCUUCCUUCUCAGGUUCUUGAUCCUCCACGAUGGGUGAGCCACAGCAAGUGAGUGCCCUUCCGCCACCUCCGAUGCAGUACAUCAAGGAGUAUACAGAUGAAAAUAUUCAGGAGGGCCUGGCUCCCAAGCCUCCACCUCCAAUAAAAGACAGCUAUAUGAUGUUUGGCAACCAGUUCCAAUGUGAUGACCUUAUCAUCCGUCCUUUAGAAAGUCAGGGCAUCGAAAGGCUUCAUCCUAUGCAGUUUGAUCAUAAGAAGGAACUGAGAAAACUCAAUAUGUCUAUCCUUAUUAAUUUCCUAGACCUCUUAGAUAUCUUGAUAAGAAGCCCUGGGAGUAUAAAACGGGAAGAGAAGUUAGAAGAUCUUAAGCUGCUUUUUGUACAUGUGCAUCAUCUCAUAAAUGAAUACCGACCCCACCAAGCAAGAGAGACCUUGAGAGUCAUGAUGGAGGUGCAGAAACGUCAGCGCCUUGAAACAGCUGAGAGAUUUCAAAAGCAUCUGGAACGAGUCAUUGAGAUGAUACAAAAUUGCUUGGCUGCUUUGCCUGAUGAUUUGCCCCAUUCAGAAGCAGGGAUGAGAGUAAAAACUGAGUCAAUGGAUGCUGAUGAUAGCAACAAUUGUACUGGACAGAAUGAACAGCAAAGGGACAAUUCAGGUCAUAGGAGAGACCAGAUUAUAGAGAAGGAUGCUGCCUUGUGUGUCCUCAUUGAUGAAAUGAAUGAAAGACCAUGAAGGAAAUUUUUAUUUUAUUUUUUCCUUUCAGCAGAAAGAGUCAUAUUUUAGUUAAUUUGCUCUUGGAGAGUCACAAAAGAGAUAGAACUAGAAGUCAUGUAAACAGCUUGACACUCCAUCUUUAUCAGUUACGAGAUGUCACAGGCAGUGAUUUUACUGCAUGGCAAGUGUCGGCAAAUGGGUUUGCUGACAUUAGACAAGACUGUGCUGCUGUUGUGUGGGACAUACCUGUUUUUGGAGUUGCAGUAGAUGUUGAAGCUAUCCUCAGUAAUCAUAGGCUUUAAUCCUUGAAAUAUAUUUGUCAUUUUCUUUAAGAAUGAUAGAUAAAUAAAGGAUAUCAAGCUGUAUAAAUGUGAAA